UAUCACCACACAAUCUAAAGAUAGUGUUGGAGUGUAUAUAUAUACACGCUCUUUCUAACUACCCAUUUCGAAUUUAGAGCAAGAAUUCGAAACAAAAUUCAAACUUUCUUUUGUUGUGAUGGGUUCGAAUGAUUCACUCUGAUACGUAGAAUCUCUUAUCGGAACUGUUGAUUAGAGAUUGAUACGUCGACUGAAUCUUUGUAAUAUCGACCUUGAGUGAUAAUUCUUGCAGUGAUGGAUAGAUUCUCUGGUGGUGGUAUGCAUGGUAUGAGAGGCGAGAGAACUCCGUUGCUUAAUAGGAAUGGUUUGAUGAGAAACGAUCCAUUGGCAAAUGGUGAGCAGAAUGAUCUUGAGCUUGGAGAUGCAGUACCGGCUGCAAAUGUGAGUUUUUUCAGAGUACUCUCUCUGGCAAAACCAGAGGCAGGAAGAUUGAUCAUUGGUACUAUAGCUUUGUUGAUUGCAUCCACAUCAAGUAUCCUGAUUCCAAGAUUUGGUGGGACAAUAAUUGAUAUUGUUUCAGGAGAUCUCCAAACACCUGAACAAAAAAGUGAAGCAGUAAGCUUAGUCAACAGAACCAUACUAGGAAUCCUUCUUAUUGUCAUAAUUGGUUCAGUCUGCACAGCAUGUCGUGCAUGGUUAUUUUCUUCUGCAAGUGAAAGAAUCGUUGCUGCAUUAAGAAAGAAUCUUUUCACCCACCUUAUUAAUCAAGAAAUAGCUUUCUUUGAUGUUACAAGAACAGGGGAACUUCUUAGUAGACUUUCUGAGGAUACCCAAAUCAUUAAAAAUGCUGCAACUUCAAAUGUUUCUGAAAUUUUAAGGAAUCUUUCCACUGCAUUUAUUGGUAUUGGGUUCAUGUUCACCACAUCAUGGAAGCUAACAUUAUUGGCUUUGGUUGUUGUUCCUCUCAUUUCAAUUGCUGUUCGCCAAGUUGGACGUUAUCUUCGUGAAGUUUCCCACAAAACUCAAGCUGCUGCAGCUGUUGCUUCCUCAAUUGCUGAGGAAUCUUUUGGUGCUGUACGCACUGUGAGAUCUUUUGCACAAGAAAGUUUUGAGAUUUCACGUUACUCUGAGAAAGUUGAUGAGACAUUAAAACUUGGACUUCAGUAUGCUAAAGUAGUAGGUCUGUUUUUUGGAGGACUGAAUGCAGCAUCAACAUUAUCAGUUAUCAUAGUAGUGAUAUAUGGAGCUCAUUUAACAAUAGCAGGUUCUAUGAGUCCAGGAGCUCUUACUUCCUUCAUUCUUUAUAGCCUCACAGUUGGAUCAUCUGUGUCUGGGUUGUCUAGUAUUUACACAGUGGCAAUGAAAGCUGCUGGAGCAAGUAGGAGAGUUUUUCAGCUUCUGGAUCGAGUUUCUUCAAUGCCUGAAUCUGGAAAGAAGUGUCCUAUGGGUGAUGGAGAUGCAGAAGUGGAGUUGGAUGAUGUUUGGUUUUCUUAUCCUUCUCGUCCACGUCAUAUGGUGCUUGAGGGUAUAAAUUUGAAACUUCACCCUGGUUCAAAAGUUGCACUUGUUGGUCCUAGUGGUGGUGGAAAGACCACCAUAGCGAAUUUGAUUGAAAGAUUUUAUGAUCCUGUGAAAGGAAGGGUUUUGAUUAAUGGGGUUCCUCUAGUAGACAUAUCACAUGAACAUCUACACAAAAGGAUAAGUAUAGUGAGUCAGGAACCUACACUCUUCAAUUGUUCAAUUGAAGAGAACAUUGCUUAUGGACUUAAUGGAAAAGCAAGUGAGGAAGAAGUGGAAAAAGCAGCUAAAAUGGCAAACGCGCAUGAAUUUAUAUCGAAAUUCCCUGAAAAAUAUAAAACUUUUGUUGGAGAAAGAGGAGUGAGACUUUCGGGAGGUCAAAAACAAAGAGUAGCCAUAGCAAGAGCUCUAUUGAUGAACCCUAAAAUCCUUCUUUUAGAUGAAGCCACUAGUGCUUUGGAUGCAGAAAGCGAGUACUUGGUUCAGGAUGCGAUGGAAUCUUUAAUGAAGGGAAGGACGGUGUUGGUGAUAGCGCAUAGGCUUUCGACAGUACAAAGUGCGGACACGGUUGCGGUUGUAUCGGAUGGAAAGAUAGUUGAACAAGGGACUCAUGAUGAUCUUUUAACCAAAGAUGGUAUUUAUACCGCGUUAGUGAAGAGGCAAUUACAAGGGGCUAAAGUCGAAGUCAAGCUAUAAAUGCUUGAUAAAUAUUGAGUUUUAAUUCGGGUAAUCGGAUAAGUAUUGGUAUAGGAACUUAUGUUUAAUCAAGAAACCAUAAUAUUGAAGUUGAGAUUUUUUUUUUCCAUAUAUGCAAGUGAUUAUAUGAAUGUGCAU